GUGCCUGAGAGAGCGAGAGAUGCUCAGAACACAGAUCCUGAGCAUCUAGUUUCUCCGACAUUAUGCCGGGUGGGAGAAAUUCAAGAGUCAAUUAGAUUCACAAUCCAGAAAAACUGACAAGGAUUAAACAGAGCAGAAGAUAUUUGCCGAUUUGUGUUUCCCCCACAGAUUCACAGUGGACGAGGCUGCCUGAGAGCGGAUUGCCUGAAAGUUCUUGGGGAUGCAACUGCAUGUGGAGGAUGAGCUGAGGAGAGCGACGGACGACGGGUUGGAUCUCGGCUGCCGCUUAUAGUCACUGAACAGAGGACCCUGAUCGAGAGGAGAACUGCUUCGGUUUUUUCUCUCUUCUGUCUCGCAGAGAUAAGCAGCUUCCCUCUCAGGGUUGACAACAGGGGGAAAAAAUACCGGAGUGGGAAUUACUAAGGAAGCAAGCAAUCAAGGGAAUCUAAGGCGAGGACAUUUGAGAAAAAAGUCUUGGUGAUAGAUCGCAUCUCAGGCUGUUUGGUUUUUGUGGCGGGCUAAACUGAACAGAUUUGGGUCGUGCAUUGCUUUCCUUCAGCCAGUCUGUGGAGUAUAGGAUCACAAAUAGCAUUUCAAGGCGAUGGAUGUUGCAUCUUCUUCCUCCAGGCUGAGCAUGAUGAACUCUUCUCUUUUUAUGUGAUCCCACUGCGAAAAUUCUGCUGGUGCAGCGGUCCUCACGUAACAACUGAGAAUUGAAAAGAAAAAACCACCCUGCACAUUGCCACCUGCAUUCAGAAGGGCUGACAGACUUAAAAGGCAAACCCUGAGGAGAGGGCCCUAUAGUAAAGAGAAAAAAAAACAUGGCCAGUGGGAAGAUCUCUUCUCCAUGUGAGCCAUGACAGUAUGGUGGACUGUUUGAGUCGAGUCAUGCUGCACACAGCCGUGUCUUGCUGGCAGCCUUUGCUGGGGCUGGCCCUGGUGGCUGUAUUUAUGGGCUCCACUCUGGCCUGCCCCUCCCGCUGCGAGUGCUCCGCCCAGAGCCGCUCCGUGAUCUGCCAUCGCAAGCGCUACACUGCCAUCCCUGAUGGAAUACCUAUCGAGACACGAAUCCUUGAUCUUAGCAAGAAUCGAAUCCAGGCUGUCAAUCCUGAUGACUUUACUCCCUAUCCACACGUAGAAGACCUGGAUCUGAGUGGAAAUAUCAUUGCGUACGUAGAGCCCGGGGCCUUCAACUCUCUCUACAGCCUUCACUCGCUGAGCUUAAAGAGCAAUCGCAUCAAACUCCUCUCGCUAGGUGUCUUUUCUGGACUCUCUAACCUGACUACAUUGGAUAUCAGUGACAACAAAGUUGUCAUUCUGGUGGACUAUAUGUUUCAGGACCUUCGCAACCUUAGAUCGUUGGAAGUUGGAGACAAUGAGCUGGUUUACAUCUCUCAUCGGGCCUUUAGUGGACUUUUAUCGCUAGAGACCUUGACGCUGGAGCGCUGUAACUUGACGGUGGUGCCCACAGAUGCCCUGUCCCACCUGCAUAACCUGGUGAGCCUACAUAUGCGCUACCUCAGUAUCAGCACUCUACAUCCCUACUCUUUCAAAAAGCUGUUUCACCUCCGUCACCUUGAGAUCGACAAUUGGUCAUCAUUAGAAGUGUUCCCCGCUAAUUCUCUGCACGGCCUCAACCUUACCACACUUACAGUUACCAACACCAACCUUUCCACUUUCCCCUACCAAGCUCUACGCCAUUUGCCUUACCUCACGCAUCUUAAUCUCUCCUACAGUCGCAUCCGCACAGUGGAGGGUGGUCUGCUUCAGGACCUGGUGCGAUUGCGUGAGCUGAGGUUGGCUGGAUCUCAAUUGGUGUCUAUUGAACCCUAUGCUUUCCAGGGCAUGCGCUGGCUCCGGUUGCUAAAUGUCUCCCACAACCGCCUUGAUACACUGGAGAGGGGAGUGUUUCAUGCUCCCGAGACCCUGGAGGUGCUGAUGAUUAACAACAACCCUCUGGUGUGCGACUGCCGUCUCAUGUGGUUGCUGCAGAGGCGCCAUUCCAUUUCUUUCGGUGAUAUCCAGCCUGAGUGUAGCACGCCGGAAGGCAUUCAUGGACGGCCCUUCAAAGAGUUCAAAGAGACCCUGCUGUCCUACUAUGUGACCUGCACCAAGCCGAAGAUCAGAGAAAAUCGGACACAGAUGGUGUCGGUCGAGGAGGGACAGGCAGCCCGUCUGCACUGCAGCGCAGAGGGGACCCCACGGCCCAGCAUUUCUUGGGUCACACCGCGUCGACGACACCUGACCAACAGGAGCCAUGGCAGGGUGACGGUUCACAACAACGGCUCUUUGGAUAUCAAGGCGGCAGAGGUUCAAGAUGAUGGUGUGUACAUGUGCGUGGCCUCUAAUACAGCAGGCAAUGACACACUAAUGGUAUCACUAGCAGUGAAAAGCCUGGGCUCGCUGUAUGCCAACAGAACCCAGCAUUACACAGAUACGAGCAAUGCCACUGCCAAUGGUACCAACCUCCCCAAUGUGACCUUUGGCCUAGACCUAAAGACUAUCUUAGUUUCUACAGCCAUGGGCUGUUUCACAUUCCUAGGAGUGGUUCUCUUCUGCUUCCUGCUCCUGUUUGUGUGGAGUCGAGGGAAAGGCAAACAUAAAAACAACAUUGAUAUUGAAUAUGUGCCACGCUCCAAGUCCAAUGGGACUCCUGCUGAGGAGGCAGAUCCAGGUGCUGGACCGCGGCGCUUUAACAUGAAAAUGAUUUAAGACAUUUAAGAUAAUAUCACUGGGAGUCACGCAGAUCUUUAUUUCACGAAUGGAACCUGGAAUAGGACUCCUUCAUAUUAUUUCCAGGAGAAACUCAACAGCCCCUAAGAUUUCACCCAGGACUUUACUGGAUAUACCAGGGGAAUAUUAUGUGUCAAUAACUGACAAUUUGUAUGAAUCCCUCUUGGUAAAAGAGGAUGUUCACCUUCUAAAUUGUGUACAGAACAGAUUUGUAAAAUUCAAGUAUUACUCUUAUUUGCUGAGGCUCAUGCUUUCUCACUGCGACCAACAAAUGAUGGAGAGUCCGUUCUCUUCUUCAUUACCCUGCAUAUAUGUACGUAAUGCUCAGUUAUGUAUGUGUAUGUUAACAUGUAUAAACACUUUAUUUUGUUGCAUUACUCACAAAAUGCAGUGAUCGCCAAAAUUCACUUCCCAUUAUUUGAAGGAAAUAUGACAAAGCCAUCGGCUCGCAUCUCAAACUGAGGAUGGAGGACUAAGGGCUUUAGUGGGCGAGAAAUGUUACUCUGAUGAACAUGUGUGCCCUUUGUCUACCCCAAGUUAUUCUCCUGAUCUGAAGAAUAUUAUAUUUGUUUAUAAUCUGGAAAAAAGAGAGAAUAUUUAUUAUAAAACGCCUUUAAGUUUAAUCUCCAUAAUACAAGGUGAAGAUUUUUUAAAUUGUUUAAACACAUGAAUUUUUUCUAUGAUUUUGUCGUAAGUAUACGCAUUCAUUUGAAAUGAACACCCGUUUUGGUUGUGCUCGUCCAUUCUGUGAUUAACCACUUACCUGGUUCAAAAUACAAAAUGUCUCCAUUUCCAUUUAAGACGCCUUAAUUUAAUUUUUUUUUCCUUCUUAGUAGGAAAUUCUGACUUUGUUGUGGUAGUUUCUCAUUUUGUUGUUAAAUCAUUUAGAUUGUAAACAGUUCAAAGUAAAAGAAAAAAAUACAUGUAUGUGAAAUAAAGAAUAUUGAUUUGUA